AUGCUGAAGGGUGGCGGAGCUGGAGGUGCUACUCGAGCAGGCGGAGGAGGCGGUUUGGGUGGUAUGUUCGGCGGUUUUGGACAAAGUACGGCAAGGAUAAUAAACAAAGAGGAUAUAAAGGUCGCCUUCAAAGAUGUUGCUGGUUGUGAAGAAGCUAAAAUAGAAAUUAUGGAGUUUGUGAAUUUCCUCAAAAAUCCUCAACAGUACAAGGAUCUGGGUGCGAAAAUUCCCAAAGGUGCAAUAUUGACUGGUCCGCCUGGUACCGGUAAGACUCUCCUUGCAAAAGCAACUGCGGGUGAAGCUAAUGUGCCAUUCAUAACUGUGUCCGGCUCUGAGUUCCUUGAAAUGUUCGUUGGUGUUGGCCCAGCUCGAGUUCGUGACAUGUUCGCAAUGGCAAGAAAGAACAGCCCGUGCAUCCUUUUCAUUGACGAAAUUGAUGCUGUUGGUCGUAAGAGAGGUGGCAGAGGAGGAAUGGGAGGACAUUCCGAACAGGAGAAUACCUUGAAUCAGUUGCUUGUGGAAAUGGAUGGUUUUUCUACCGAGGAGUCGUCUGUGAUUGUGAUAGCUGCUACGAAUCGAGUAGAUAUCUUGGAUCCCGCUUUGUUACGACCUGGACGUUUUGACAGACAGAUUUACGUACCAGUUCCGGAUAUUAAGGUGCGUUUAGCUUCCGUUCCUGAAUUUGCGUAA